CCUAUUUUAAUUGAGUCGACUGUCUUGAAGGGGGCUCAAAUCCGAUAUUUAUCGGUAAGCAUAUGCCAGACCGAUCCCAAAGCGAAAGGCUUUUCGGGGUAUAUACAUCUCCCACCAGGAGCAUUAGAAGCGGUUGGGGUAGAUCAAGAACUUCCCAUGAAAAUAUUCUUUUGGUUUGUUGAAAGCCAAAAUAGCCCUGCCACAUCACCUUUGACUUUGUACACUCAAAUGAAACCAAAUACAGUCACUGCUUUGCUGAGGGAGAAUGGCCCCUGUAGGGUUAACCUAGACAGCUCGACUUUGGAGCCAAAUCCAUGUGCCUGGAACAAAAUUUCCAAUAUUAUAUAUAUUGACCAGCCAGUAAACACAGGUUGGUCUGAUCUGAACUGCGAAAUGAUGAGACUAAUAUCGAUACAGGAUUUAGCUAUGAUGUCCCCGCGAAUGGUACCGUCGACUUCCGUGUCGUCUCCAGCAAGGCGGUACUAUUAUGGGCGCAGCUUCUUUGACAUUGCUCAUCGCUCGCACUUUCUUACGGAUCCUCCCUUGAAUACAUACCUAAGGUAUCUGAAACAAGCCAAGGUACAACAAGCGCUCGGAACGCCAGUAAACUUCACGGACCAGGCUAUUAAUGUUGCCCACACGUUCUCCUUGACUGGUGAUAACGUUCGUGGGGAAUAUGUUGCCAAUCUUGCCCAGGCACUGGACUCUGGCGUCAGAGUUUCGCUUAUAUACGGUUAUCGAGAUUAUGCUUGCAACUGUGCGUGUCUAAGUACAAGGCGCUACGUUUCCUUUUUUGUGUUGACUAACAGGUUACCAGGGCUUGGGGGAGAGGCCUUGUCCUUGUCGAUUUCAUACAAAGGUCAAGCCACCUUUCAGCGUGCUGGCUACACCUCUACGUAUGGAAUUCAAAAAGAUGAAAAAGGAGCAAUUCCACCAGCAUAUCUUCGUCAACAUGGCGGCCUUUCCUUUGUUCGAGUUCUAAAUUCAAGUCAUACCGUCAACACUGUCUGGCCUUCACUUGGCUUUGUACUCUUCAACCGAACGUUACAUGACGUCGAUCUCGCCACUGGAUAUGAAGACUUGAUCCAGUCGGCCCUUUAUUCAACGUCAGGGCCCAGUUCAGUUCGACAUAUCAGAAACAAGCUUCCUACGGGUUCAGAUUUGGAAGAAGGCAUGUGCUAUGUCCUGGAACUGUCAUUGUGCUCCAACAGUCAGCUAAACGCAUACUUGAAGGGUAAAGGGGGAGUCAUAGAUUAUUGGCUGGUAGACUAUGGCAACGGAACGUGUUGUCCAAAUCCUAUUCAGCCUUGUCGGGAGGGCCAUUCGGGUUUCGGGGGGAUUAAGGUAUACCUGGGCUUUGGUAGGCCGACCGGAGAUCUUUCGUGGUUUCAUGUGCUUAUGCUAGUCGGGGCUGUGAUGAUUGCUGGUAUCAUAGGUUUGUUGCUCCAGAACUUGGCGCAGUUGAGGAACUGGGGUGAGCCGGUGAAGAUUAGAAAUAGCUACUGCGGUAGUGAAUAA